ACGUAUAUUAUUUGUGCGUCGUUAAAUCGGGAUUAAGAGGGCAGAAUGCUCGUAAUUGACAGACGACGCAGCGAGCAGCGAAGGAGGGGCGAUUUCAGCGACGAUUUCCGGCGAUUUGAGGCGUUUUCCGACAGAUUUCAACCAAAUACCAAACAUAUUUCGAUGGCAUCUGCAAGUUCUGAACAACAGUUAUGUUAUGGACCUGAGGAUCCAUCCGUACUGUUUCAUCAAAACGAACAUAUUUCAGCCUCAUUGUUGGCGAAUGGCACAACAAAUGUGUUCAGAGUUCGUAGGACGGAGAGUAAGGUUUGGGCAUUGCCAAUACAUGAAGAUGUGAUGCAUUGGCUUGAUGUUUGGGGGUUCAGAGGUGUGAUUGAAUGUGGAAGGCCAAGAAGGAUGGACAAUGACCUAAUAACUGCAUUGAUCGAGCGAUGGAGGCCUGAGACCCACUGUUUCCACCUUCCAGUUGGUGAGGUAACCGUAACCUUACAGGAUGUGCAAAACCUGUGGGGUUUGAGAGCAGACGGUCGUGUUUUCACUGGCUGUGACUACCCUAUUGGAUAUGAAGAUUGGCCCAGCAAGUGUAGAGAUGUGUUGGGAUGGAUACCUGACGCAGAAACAGAAACGAAGCACGGUGGGUUGUUGAUGACGUCUCUGAUCAACCAAGCGACUAUGCCGUUGGGUGAUGGGCUGCAUGAGUAUGCAUACGUCCAAAGAGCACGUAUACAUGCUCUAAUCUUGUUAGGGGGGCUUAUUUUACCGGACACUACCGGGUGCAAGGUCCCCUUUAUGUGGAUAAAUGCCUUUGACGAUCCGGAAGACGUGGCUAAUAUCAGUUGGGGUAGUGCUGCUUUAGCAUACCUGUAUCAUUAUUUGUGUGAAGCUUCUGUAGGCAGACAGAGAAGAGAUGUGGGUGGCCCUAUGGUUCUCUUGCAGCUGUGGGCGUGGGAAAGAAUGCCUACAUUGAGGCCAGCUUUCUUGAUAUCGCCUACGCACAUGCCGUAUACCCCGUGUGGAGUCAAGUAAUAUUUUUUUUAAGUAACUUACUUAAUUAUGUAUUUUUUUGGGUAACUUUUGAUAUUAAUAUUCCGUGUAGGUGGCACGGAGUUACUGAAAUUGGAAAUGCGCCCCAACAUUCAGUAGCUCAUUAUCGUGAUCAGUUAUCAUUGAUUCGUCCGGGCCAGUUUCUGUGGACACCAUAUACAGAUUGUAUCCUGCCCGAUUACUGCAUUGAUUCGACCGCAUCCUACUUGUGCGACACAUAUUUGGUGUG